AUGAGACCGACUCAGACUCUCCGCGCCGGCGGCGGCGGCGCCCCCAUCGGCAUGUACAAUGUGUACCUCGGCGGCUGGGGCAACUUCACCAACCAGAAGCAGCGCGGCGUCAUCACCUACGGCAUCGCGCCCAACCGACAGAACCCCGUGGCCGGCAUGGCCCACGACGCCGUCUUCAACACCUGGCGCCGAUUCAGCACCCAGGUCCUGUACUGGGCGCCUCCCCUGAUUGCUGGCUACUACGUCAUGAACUGGGCCAUUGAGAGGAACGAGUACCUCAACUCCAAGGCUGGACGGGCUGAGUUCGCCGAUGAGGAGGAGUAA